GACUGGGGUUCGUUGGUCUCCAAAGUAGCAGCAUGGUGGUGGCUGGCGUGGCGGCUGUGCAAUUGCAAGGCAGCCUCACCACCCUGCACAGCCUCCGUCUUGUCUACUGUCUCUCUUCGCUUCCUAUCCCAUUCUCUCAUCUAUAGGGAAAUCAUUACGAUGGCACAUCCCAGGCAGCAUCAGCCAUUAUCAUGUCUAUCUCACAACUUACCGCUGCACUGGGCUCGGCCUCCCUGGAGGUUCUCGCGGCUUUGGUGAACGCCAAAUUCGACUUUUCGAUAGUCAAGAUUGAGGCACCCGUCGAGUUUCAAGGCGUUGGCCAGGCUAUUUCAGCCACACGAAGAAACGUCGCCGAGAAUGGCCUUACGCACAUUACGGCAAUGAAGCUUGGGGCUCUAUUCGAACAGAUUAUUCCGGAAACCCCUGCCCUCGUGCGAGCAUAUGGAACAAGAGCAUCCGAUAUCAUGAAGUCGCCCGUCGCGAAUCCGACAAAAGCUGGGAAAUUCGGGUUCCUCCAGGAACAUAUUGGCGCUGAUGCCACGAGCCUUUGGGCAGCAGCAACCUCUAGCAGUGAAGCAAUCGCGGUACAUCUGCUAGCCUGUAUCCUCGCGGAUAUCUGGAAUGACUUGGAAGCGACAGCAAUCUGGGAAGAGCUUGUGAGUCGCCGACAGGAGCAGCUUUCCGACAAUGGGCAGUCGUUUCUCAGAAGCCGGAUAUCCAUUACUCGCGAGCAGCUGCGUGAAUGGGAUGCCAGUGCCCGCUCCUGGCUCCAGUGCGCUAAUAAAUUCAUGCCAAAGCAACAUUCUCACCUCACCAUUGUGACCAACAGUUCUGGACUUAGUGUUGACACUACCAGAGAUCUCUAUGAUGACGUGACUAAUGCUUGGAUAUCUGCCUUACGGGUGACUGAGUGCCUCCUACAUGGCGAGUCGCACGAGGUGAUGAAUGGGGCGAUUCUUCUGGCUCUCAAGUCCUGGCAAUUGUAUCCUGACAUGCUGUAUCUGAAAGAUACUCGAAAAUUCGAACAGGACGAUGCGCUAUUCCCCAGGAGUGCACUUCUCACUGUGGGCGUCACAUCGGCCAGUCCGGAUCGUAUUGGUUUAUCGUGGUCUUUACCUCUCGCCUACCUUCGAUAUUAUGGUGACCCAGUGGUCGUCACCCGCUCAACGGCAGAAAAUGCAUCCUAUGUCAAUGUGGACGAGUUUUGCCAGAUGGUUUUGGGUAGUGCCACAGGAUAUUGGUGCAAGACGUACGAUGACAUUGAUAUUGCCGUGGACCUUCUAGUUGCUUUGUCUCAAUCACUCGAACAAGUUACCGAAGGGGGAUUCAUCCUCCCCCGUCAUCCUAUGCGUCUAGUGGGUUGGUUUCAAAUUCUGACCAAAGCCGCAAACGCCUCCAAGAAUGCCUCUCCGACCAAGAAACCCAACCUAGACCAGUACCGCGCUCUCGGGGUCAGGAAGGGCAAGAAAUUCUUGGCCGCUCCUAGCGACUCCCCGCCACCCUUUUUUGGAUUCAACAAGUUUUCCACGCUCUUUAAGGCCUUUGAUCACGAAGAGUGGCAGAUCAGCCUUCUGAGGGAGAUGGCAAAAGAGGCUGCCAUAGGAAAGGACCCGCGGGCACUUGUCGUUCGAUAUAGGAGCGAGGAACUCAGCGAACUACAUGGGAGGACCAUUUGGGAAUACGCGACUGUCUUGCCGUUGCAUUCCACACUUUCUUUGGGAAAGACAAGCGGGCCCCGGCACAAGCGGUGGACCUUACUCUCCGAUGCACUCAAGGCGCAUCCAUGCCGUUGUACAGGUCGCUGCGUGCAAAAUUGCCCUUGCAGCAAAGAUGGCUUUUGCGGACCUAAUUGUCAUCCGAAGUCGUGUAUGCUGGAGGGAGAUGUCGCAGACUGUGGCAUGGGCCUGGUAUCGAAGUCAUCUGCGAAAAGUAGCACUUCAGGGAAGGCGGAUAUCAAGCAGCGCUCGAUAUCCUGGAAGGUUGCAAGACAUGCUAUGCUUCUCGGAGCGCAAGAAGAUUGCGUGGAAAUCCAGUAUACCACAGCGUUCAGAUGGCCUGACGAGGAUCGUUUCCAAUGGGCAGAAUUCGCCUACGAAAUGAAGACUACGUUGCCAUGGGGCUCACGUCAUGCAAAUCUAGCCAAUUAUGUCAGCUUGUCGGAUGAUCAGGAGAAGACGCGGUCUUGGGUUUUCCGCUAUGGUGAUCCGAAGAGGGCUGCAGUGUUUGAGCAAUGUGAACAGGCAGGCGAUCCUUCCAUGACCAGAGAUACUCCCGACAUGAACGCGGUCGUCACAUGCAUCAAGAGCAAUCAAUCUUCAGUGAGCUCUCUGAACUUAUACUUAUGGCGCUUGUGUAGGUCAUGGACUUCCCAGGGUAGGGACGGCGAAAUUGAAAUCACAACGUUGGGGCCGACACGAUACUUCUCAUCGUUGGCUUUCUUAGCCGCGGUUGCUAAGUUAUACCAGCAAUUCCCCGCCGCCCAAGUCUCCUUGGAGAUAUUGUCCAAACCGCUGAAUAUUGACUGGUGGCACACUAAAGGACAGUCAGACGCUUAUUCGAGAACACAGAUCUUCUCCCUCGCCGAAGCGUUCACUUGCAUCACCUUAUUAGAGACAGGGUCGGUGGAGGUGACGCCAUCAUCGCUGGACAAAAUGUUUGCCUUGGCUCGGGGCAACUCACUCUUUGUAGCUAAGACCUUGGUGCAAGAUCCAUGGACGGUGGGAGAUGCAAGCGCAAUUGAACAUCUUAACGGUAACGUGGGGAAGCCUGGAUUGACGCUGUUGAUCCCUCCACCGAAUCCGAAGAUGAAGAAACUCGACAUGAAAGGAUAUAAGGUGCUGCCCUAUGCAAGAUUCGACGGCAAUCUGCAUGAUGCCUUCUCCAACACGACUCUACAUUUGUCGUUCACAAAGUACGAGCAGCCUGUUUCAAGCCAGACGUACGGCGAGAAAGAUGUCCGAGCCUACUUCCGGGAAUCCCUGGUCUCAGUUCUUGACCACGGGGAUUGGAUUGCGGACCUCGACAUACAAGCGGCGCGCAAUGAUGCCCUCUUUAUUCGCGUACCACUGUGCAAACACAAUCCCAACCACUGGCCGGAGAAUGCUAACUACAACGAAAAGGAGACUCCAGCCAAAGGUCUGACAGCCAUUGACGACUGGAAGGAACUGCUGGAUCUGCCCAGUAGCGACGGUAUCAUCCGCGCGCACAAAAACUGGAUUGCUAGGUUAGCCGCUGCCACAAUGAGCAUCCAGAGGAAGAAGCGGACCCUGGUGUUGCCACCCGAAUUUUGCUGGAAGUGUCUUUACACAGCGUUGGCCGACGUCAGCAAAGCGCCUGAUCUGAGAUAUAUGACUGACAGCGAUCCUUCCGAGGACGAAAUCGCAAAGAGUAGGCCCAAACGAAAGGGUAGGAAACGGAAGCGACCUGUUGUCGUCGUUGACCAGAAGAAGUCUGCUAGGGUCAAGGAGAGUCGACAUGGAGCAGUUCUCGUGGCUUAACACCAUUGUAUCCUUGUCUCUUACUCUCACAGCAAGAGUUGGCCGACUACCUAUCGUAUCAAGCGCAUGAUCAUUCCUAGGCGCUAGGAUAGUUGAUACAACCGCAUAUGAGUUCGGAAUCACCCUUUCAGAGUCUCUCAGAUUCUAUGUCAAAGUUCUCAUGAGAAGGGCUGAACGCGAGCAAGAGCCAUCGGAUCUCGGGUGUUUACAAGGUCAGAAUCAUGGAACCACUUGAUCCAGUAUUUGAUGUUUCAAUAUUAUUGGUACAAGUGAAGUUGAAGUUGAAGUUGCAGCUACACUAUGGGACGCGACACAAUCCAUAGGGCCAGCAAGGUGGAGUGAAAUACAAAAUCCUCAAAGGCUAAGACAAUGUAUAGAUGUG